AUGACGUCCGCGUGUACGCGUCUCAAUGGAGAGAGGCCUGUGUUUCGCCUGCCACAAUCUCUACCGCAACCACCACGUCCCGUAAAUAUGUUGAUUCGAAUUAGAUCAAAGGACGGGAAUUCUCGAUUCGAGUUCCCGCCGACAGCUGAUAUAUCAGAGCUCGCGGCGAAGAUACUUGAGACGGCGACCAACGCCGAUCCUGAGACGCUGACCAUUUCCGAUCGCCCACGCGGUAACGAGACACUUGUGUCGACCUUGCGGGGGAACAAUCUCCAGACCCUUGGUCUCAGUCAUGGCGCACUGUUAUUUGUAUCCUACAAGGAACGCGCAGAGGAACAACGUACAACUGCCGCGACAGCCGAGGCCACAGUACUUGCGCCAGCGUCUGGUAGUGCGGCUCAUCGCCCUUGGGAGUCCGUGAAGGAGGAUCCUGUGGACGCCUUCUGGCGCUCCAAAGACGGCAAAAUCCCUCGCGGACGUGAUGCUAAAUUUUGCAAGCAUGGUGCGAAUGCCAUGUGCGACUAUUGCAUGCCUCUUGAGCCAUACGAUGCUGCUUACCACACCGAGCACAACAUCAAGCACUUGUCAUAUCAUGCGUAUCUUCAGAAAGUCACCCCCAAGGUGUCAGCCGCCACGUCGUCGACUGCGCUGCUUCCUCCACUAUCCCAAUUGUCCUACAAGGUCAAGACUCCGUGUCCCAGUGGGGGUCAUCCGCCAUGGCCCGCUGGUAUCUGUACGGCUUGCCAACCUUCCGCUAUAACCUUACAGAGUCAGCCCUUCCGUAUGGUCGACCACCUUGAAAUCGCUUCCGCGGACAUCAUUGACCGAUUCCUGCAAGCAUGGCGGAUGACCGGGUCUCAACGGUUUGGAUGGCUCAUCGGCCGUUAUGAGCCGUAUGAUAAAGUUCCCAUGGGUGUCAAGGCGGUGGUAGAGGCCAUCCAUGAACCCUCACAAGAAGGCGAAACCGAUGGCCUGACACUGGGCUUGCCAUGGGAAGAUGAGCCUCGUAUCCGUGUCUUGGCGGCCGCUGCAAAUCCACCACUGCAAAUAGUGGGUUACAUUUUUACAGAUCUAGAGCCGUUACCAGAAGACAGGACCAAAAACAAGUACAAGCGCCAUCCACAAUCAUUCUAUCUGUCAUCGCUCGAGGCUAUCUUCACCGCUCAUGUACAGAACACCAACCCAACUCCUUCAAAGUCCUCCACAACUGGUCUCUUUGCGUCCCGUAUGGUGACGGCUAUAUUGACCGGCACGGAGGACGGUGGCGUAGAUGUUUCUGCGUACCAAGUCUCAGAACAGGCUUGUGCUAUGGUGGAGGCAGACAUGAUCGAGGCUAGUGUUGAUCCUGGUAUUGUCCGAAUCAAGGAGGAGGAUCGUAAUCACGAUACAGCACGAUAUGUGCCGGACGUAUUCUUCCGGUAUAAGAACGAGUACGGUUUGGACGUACAGAAAAGUGCAAAGCCUUCUUUCCCGGUGGAAUAUCUCAUGGUCAAUGUGUCCCAUGGCUUCCCCCAAAACCCAUCACCGACAUUCCACUCUACAGCAUUCUCCAUUGAGAAUCGUCCUGGUGUGGAGAGUCAGAGUACCGACAGCGUGAUUCGCGAACUUUCUCGUCUUCGAGCGCCGGACAUACCUGAGAGCACUUUUGGUGGUGACCCGCACCUCCGUAGUGCCUUAGCCAAGUGGUUGAGCGACUGGCAUCUUAUAUCAUUUCUGGGAACAACACAGCUGCUAUCACAGGAUGAUAUGAAGGUUCUCUUGAACGUUGCUACAUCAUCCAAUGUCGACGACCCGGGAGUUCUUGAUCCUCUGAUUCGGACGGAAGGGUGGCAAACAUUGAUGACCUUCACGCGUGAAAUGGCUCCCGCUCGUCCGGACACAUCGGCACCCUCGGCGCCUUCGCACACGGCGAUGAACGAAGACAUCCCGCAGGAGAUCUACGACCAGAUAGCAAGAGAGGAAGCUGGCUAUGGGAGCGGCGGCGGCGGCGGUUCUAGUGCCGCCGGCAACGUGCGUAUCUGCCCUCACUGCACUUUUGAGAACACGCAUGGUGGCAAUGAUUGCGAAAUUUGCGGGCUGCCAUUGUAA